UGCCUCCUCCGCUGGGUCCAUCUUGGUCAGACUGUUCUGUUACGUGGAGAACAGAGGACCCAGAUGCAGAGGUGCGGAAAAAUGUCUUUUAUUCUUCCCAAACUCGAACUAAGGGGGCUGCCGUCAGCAGACGCAGUCCGGGACAAGACUUACAGUAGAUCUCAAAAAAGACAACGCUGGAUUGGUAACACAAGGACAAGGCAACAGCUCAGCGUUCAACAACAGUCUGACAGGGGAGUAGAGAAACAGUGGUUAGAAAGAGUCAAACAAAUUAAGCAGUGAGCAGAAACAGGUGAGUUGAGAAUCAGUGUGAGAGUUGAUUGCUAUGGAAAGCGGCUGUGGGCGUUUAGGGCGAGUGAAAGCAUGAAUGGGAAUGAGGAGGUGUGUUAAUGAGUAUCAGCUGGGUGUGCGUGUGUGUGUGUGUGUGUAGAAAAACAAAACAAGGAGGAAUCCGGAUCAUGACAGAAUAUUGUAACGUCGAUCGAACACCUCGUCCCUGAGCAGGACAAAUAGAUGGACUACUUGUAUUGUCUAAAUUAGGAAAGUUAAAACUACUAGUCUUGUUUUAAAGCUGCCUGCAGGAGGAGUACAGUGCAGAACAGAUCCAGUGGUAUCCGAUGCAACUCAAGAACUUCCACUCCUGCCUGGAGCUGCUCUCCUCCAGACCACACGGCAUCCUGCGCAUACUGGACGAUCAGACUUGCCUCCCCCAGGCCACUGACCACACCUUCCUACAGAAGUGCCACUACCACCACUGUAACAGCCCCUACUACGCCAAGCCCAAGAACCCACUGCCAGUCUUCACCGUCUACCACUAUGCAGGAGCUGUCACUUACCAGGUUCAUAAUUUCCUGAAUAAGAACCACGACCAGUUCCGGACAGAAGUGGUGGAACUUUUUGCCAGGAGUCGCUUAAAGAUGGUGUCGGAGCUCUUCCGGAAGGUUCAGGACGCUUACAUUCAGCAAAGAGAGCUGGGCUGGAGAGGAAAGGGCCUCCGCCAACAGCCCUCCACCGCCGCCUCCCACUUCCUUCAGUCCCUGACUGAACUCACCACCCGCCUGGAGAGAUGCAAAACCACUUUCAUUCACUGUCUGAAGCCAAACUACGUCAAGCAUCCGGGCAUCUUUGACGUGGACUACGUGUCUGCCCAGCUGAGGCAUGCUGGGAUGCUGGAGACCAUUCACAUCAGGAAAGAGGGUUUCCCCAUACGGAUGCAGUACUCCUGCUUCAUUGAGAGAUACGGGGUGCUCCUCAGCCAGAAACUGAGCCAGGAGUCCGACAGAGAGCAGUCAGUGGCUUUGCUGGCCAUGGUGGACGCAGAGGAGGGACAGUAUCAGAUGGGUCUGACCAAGCUGUUCCUCAAGGAGCUUCUCUACCAGCUGCUGGAGGAGAGGUGGAGCAGCACCCAGACCUGGGCUGCCAUCACCAUCCAGAGGAACAUCAGAGGCUUCAUCUGCAGGAGGAACUUCAGGUUCUUCAAAGAGAAAGCCAUCGUCAUCCAGAGCCACAUACGAGGACACCAGGCCAGGAAGCACUACAAGCGUCUGAGGCAGUCCUUCAACCAGUUCUGGGCGGUGAUGAUGAUCACCAGGGACACCGUCAAGAGGCGCCAUUGGAGGAAGGAACUUCAUGAGACAAACCAAGUGGAGACAGUGAAGAAGACUAAGUGUGCCUCUCCAGGAAUGGAUGUGGGGAGGUUGGAGAUCCCCGCUGAGCUGUCAGCCCGACUUCGCAGCGGAGCGGGGCAUCAGCAGGCUUCAGGGGUCACCGAGGUCGCACCUCCGCAGGUGAAGGCUGGGCACAAGCUUACCCUGCCUCUGGAUGUGGACAGAUACCCGUUCUCUCGCUAUGCCAAGUCCAUAUUAAAGGAUACAUGGAGCCAGCCUCAGGGAUACCCCCUCCAGAGAUCCCUCACCCCUCUGGAGCCUGAAGAUGCCAGAACUGCACUGGAUAUUUACAAACUGAUCUUGCGGUUCACGGGUGAGUCAGAACUUAGUGGCUGGCAGCAGCAGAUGCUGGGUAACUACAUAGUGGAGAAGAGUCAGAGCCAGCCAGCCUUGAGAGAUGAGAUCCUCGCCCAGCUGGCUUACCACACGUGGGGCCGGCCCGAGGAGCAGGACAGUCUGAGGGGCUGGCUGUUGCUGGCCUGCUGCCUCGGGGCCUUCACACCCUCACCAACCCUGGACAAACCCCUUCUCAAGUAUGUGUCCGACAACGGUCCACGGGAGUACCGCUCGCUUUGCCAACACAAACUGCUGACAUCGCUGCAGCUCCCGGCUCCCGCUGCCCGCGUCUACCCCCCCACCCAGCUGGAGUGGACCAGCAACCAGAGAAGAGGCACCAUGGUACUGGACGUACACACCUUCAACGACGAGAAGCUGACAACCGAGGUGGAGUCGUGGACCACAGGAGAGCAGCUGGCCUCAUGGCUCCUUCUUUUCAGAGGGGUGUCGGAGGCAGGGCAUGGCUGGUCGGUGUCGCUUCUAACUGAUGAAGGCUGGUCAGAUCUGGCUGGUUCGGACUUUGUCAUGGAUCUUCUAGCUGGAGCUGAAUCUGAAGUGCUGCCACCUCCUGGGACUCCCUCCUCUACAAACUCUGACUACCUGUUCAGUAGGCAGGAAGACAGGAUGCCAGCUACAGAUAUGGACGAGUUCAUUCCACCCGCCCCACCCAUGCAAGCUCCUGGGCUGCCUCCUUUUGAGGAAACCCGCUGGGGAAGAGAUUAUCCACAGGAAGGUCGCGGUCGACAGAUGGAUGCCUACGUUGAUGACUUGUUUGACCCAGUACUGGACCAGGGACCUCCGGACAUGGAAAGAGUAGCCAUGCUAAACCGCAGGAUGAGGGGAGGAGGAGGGAUACCAAUGUAUGGCACUGGUAUGCCCAUGGCAAUGCCAGGCUAUGCUAUGGGACAAACGGUUAACCCUUCAAUGCCCGGCUAUGCUAUGGGAGCAGCGGUUAACCCUUCAAUGCCCGGCUAUGGUAUGGCUCCCAUGAUGCAAACCAUGCCAGGUAUGAUGAUGCCUCAGACUCCCAUGCCUGCGCCGCCUGUCGCCGACCCCUUGCGGAUGGCAGCAUCGCAGCAGGCCCUCAUCAACCAGCAGGCCUUACUCAUGGCCCAGCAGAUGACGAUGCAGGCGAUGAAUCUGUCCCAGCAGCAGACCCAGGAGCAGCAGAGGAAGCAGAAGAAGCAGGAGGUGAAGCAGCAUUGGGGGGAGGAGAAGCAGCGGAGGCAUAAGUCUGAGCGACGGUCCGUGAAUCGCUCGCCCUCCCCACUAUCUGCAUCUCCCUCGCCCCCACCUGCCCGGACCAAAGCGCCAGCGGCUAAACGCACCAGCAGCUACAAGCCGCCUAAGCCAGAGCCAGAAACAGAAGAGGACUUGCAGUCUUUCAGAGACAAGAAGAAAUACUUCCAGGAGAUUGGUGAAUCCAAAGCCCCACGUUCUCGUCCAGCCCCCUCCAGCCCACAGCAGGAACGCUCCCCUCCAUCGCCACCUAAGUCGCCCCCCCAAACAGCAACUAAGCCCCCGGUGAAGAGUCUCCACACCCCUCCUGCCAGAGUUGAAGAACCCCCACCAGCAGCACUGACAACCCCCACCAGCAGCACGUCUACUCCCACUAAGAACACGCCGGAACCAACCUCCAAGAUCCGGGAAAUCAUCAAAAUGUACAACAGCCGCCCCCAACAAGAAGCCAAACCCUUUGAGCCUGUGAGACCUGCUCCGCGGCAUUUCAUAAAGAAGAAUGACCCCAAAGAGGAAGCUCUGGCCAAACUCAAAAACAUGUCACCAGCGCAACAACAAAAGAAACAGUGGGUGCCUCCGCCAGUCGAGCGCAAGUCUUCUCCUCCCUCCACCAAGGGACCCCGCGUCCUCUCCAGCAACAUGAAGCAGAAACAGCGCUCCCUGGGGGACCUGUUCGGCUCGCAGCGCUCCCAGCAGCCUCCGCCCGCCGCCCCGCCUCCUCCCCCGUCCCCGCCGCCCGUCUUUCAGGGCAUCCCUGACCCACCGCCCAUGGCGGCCCCGUCUCUCGACGUGAUGCAGGAUGAGGAUGGUAUUCCCUCUCAGCUCCACCGCUUCUCUGCUGGGGUUUACUUCUCUUACUCAAAAAUGCCAGGAAAACUGUUCCUCCGAAAAGAAGUGUUUUACCCCAAAGAGAUGUUCGACCGGCCCUACAUCCUCAAUCUGUUGUGUGAACAGAUUAUGAGGGACACCUACUCUGACAGCUGUGUGAGGAUCAGCAAAGAGGAGAGGAGGAAGAUGAAGGACCUGCUGGCAAAUUUCAGCGUGGGAAUGACUAUAAGCACUAUCCAGAAUGAGGUCAUGAAGAAGAGGAUCGUCAUUGCUGCUCGAGACAACUGGGAGAACUACUUCAUCCGUCUGUUCCCUGUGAAGUCGUUCAGUGGGGACAGUGAGCUUUUAGGCGUGUCCCAUCGGGGCAUUCGUCUCCUGAAGAUGGUCGGAGCGUCAGGCAUCAACCCCAAACACCUGCGACUGCUCACAUACUACAGUUUUUCAGAGUUGCUGUCAGUUGACCUCCAGGGUGCAGACAAAGUGAAACUGGAGCUGACGAGAGAAACGUUGGUGAUGCAGUCAUCCAGAGCCCCUCAGAUCACUGCCAUGAUCAGGCUCUUCCUCCAGGAGCUCCUCAGGGACUCGGGCCAUGUCGUUGCCCUGACAAGUUAUGUGACGGAUGACAAAAGUCUGCUUAGCUUUAGCAAGGGUGACGUCAUCAAACUGCUGCCAAUGGAAGGGCUCCAGACAGGCUGGCGUUUCGGCACCAUGGGGGGGCGCUCUGGUCUUUUCCCCUGUGACCUCACUCAGCCCUCGGCGGCCCCAGACUACCACAGUCUUCACCUGGCCCGAAGAGAUGUCCGGAGGAAAAGCACAAGGGGCGCCAGGCCUGCAGGCGGGCGCGUGGGCAGCGUGGAUUCAGAACUGCUCGGUCAAGAGGCGUCCGUCUCGAUCCAGGGCUCGCAGCCGGAGAACUCCUCGGGCAUGGCGGAGUUUGCCAUGAAGUAUUUCCGAGUGGGGAAUACAGGCCUGCCAGAAAGUGGAAGGAAUUUUGCAGAGGCCGUGCAACACACAGAAGUUCCCAUACGCGAGUCCCUCAUUCUCUACAACGAUCCUGAAAUCAACAGCUUGUCUGUCGGGUGCUUCUUCAACGUGAUGCAGUUCAUGGGUGACAUGCCAAUGACGAGGAAUAACACCCAGACAGACUGCUUGAGCCACAUUUUACUGUUGGGGAAGGAAAAGGAGCUUCUGAGAGAUGAGAUUUACUGCCAGAUCAUCAAGCAAACCACCAACAACCCGACUAAGUCCAUCUGCACCCUCGGCUGGCGGCUCUUCAACCUCAUUACCGGCUUCUUCCCCUGCUCCGACACUCUGCAGCCGUUUGUCUCGCACCACCUACGCGACAUCUCUCAGGACUACGAGCACCCGUACCAAGAGCUGGCGAGCGUGUGCCAGGAUAACCUGCAGCGGUCUCUCAGCUUCGGGGGCCGCCGCAACGUCCCCUCCAGCGUGGAGAUGGAGGCCAUUCUGGCUGGCAAAACGUCUCGACGGAUUCCCGUUCAGCUCCCAGGAGGAGUGGAUUUCCCCAUCAGGAUACGCAGCUUCAGCAUGGCAGUGGAAGUGCUCACAGAGUUCUGUAAAGAGAUGAGCAUCACAAACCCCACAGAAAUCAGAGAGUUCUCCAUCCUCGCCAACGAGAAUCAGGGCGAGAUGUUGCGUCCCCUCCAAGCCGAGGAGUAUCUAUUUGACUUCCUGCUGGACGACGGCUCCGUCUUCUUCUCCCUGAGACGACUGAUGUGGAGGAGCCCGCUGUCCUACAACAGUGACCUCUACGUGGAGUUCCACUACCAGCAGCUCCUGGUCGACUACCUCAGCGGGCGGCUGAUGGUUGCUCCCGCUGCGAGGGGCCCCUCGUCGGUCCAGCAGAUAGCAGAGCUGUCAGCCCUGCAGCAUCUGGCCCGAGGACUGAGGGACCAGCCCUCGCUGCCAGAGAUGAAGGAGUACCUGCCGCCACAGGAUGGACUCAGCAGCAACGCUGAAGAGAUCCACUCCUUCUGCCUGGGGCAGAUAGCCGCCAUGCACUCGCUCAGCCCUCAAGACGCCAAAAUACAAUUCAUUGAGAUGCUGUGCACCAUGCCUCAGUUUGGCUCCAACUCCUUCCUGGCCCAGAAGGUCAGUCAGCGUGGCUGCCCCUCCCCGUGCAUGGUCACCAUCGGCCAGGAGGGAGUGCUGUUCCUCCACCCCAAAACACAGGAGAGAGCGUUUCUGAUUCCUCUGGCUGAUGUGCGGUCCAUGCGCACAGUCCGCCCCAAGAAACAAGGCAAAGCGCCCUCUGUGGAAAUCCAUUACAGCCAGGGCCGAGCCAAAAAACUCACCGUUCAUCUCAAACAGGCGAAGGAGUUUUGCCACAUCCUCGCUCUGAUGAUGGAAUAGCUGGUCUGACCGUCUGUCAGCAGCUCCAUUUCACACCUCUGGUUGACGCACAAACACACACACACACACUCACAAUAUUGGGAAUUGUUGUUAAUCAGUGACUUUCAGUGACCGUUUUUUGUUAGUUUCGUUUUUUCCCGUGUAACUUGAUGGGCAGUGUGUCAUUUACUGGAUCAAAGCUUUUGAUGAAAUCAUCGAGGAGACGCGGCUCUGAUCGGGUCAGCAGGGAUUUGAGUCAAUCACCAACUGUUGUAUGAAUCAACCCAAUGCCUUAAAAAUGAUUAUUUUUGCGAGUUGAAAUCCAAUGAUGGAAUUUUUUUUUAAACUAAGCAUUCGUUGAUCAUUAUUGGAAGUUUUAUGUUGUGACAAUGUAAUGUAAAGCAAGUGCAGCAUUAAAGAAAAGUGUUGAUUCAAUCUA